CUGUGACAACACUUUCUCAGAAUGACUGAGAGAAUGUUGUCGUGUUCGUACUGUCGGUGUUGAGUGACCGCGACCGAUAUGUUUAUUCUGAAACAUGUUUGGACCUCCUUAUAGUGUAAUUAAUGUGAGUGAGGAUCGUAUUCUUCCCGGUUCAGCUCUAGCCCUGGCUUACAUUGGUAGAGCCAUGGACAUGAGCGUUUGUACUUGGUUUCGAUGAUCUAGCAAGUACACCUCAGAAUCUUGUUACAAACAGUCAUGUGGACGAUGAUUGCAAAUCGGCUAUUUUCCUGUACACUCGUUAUCUUCUGCCUCGUGGUCGUAGGAAAAUGCUCUGAGGAUGAGGAACGACUUGUACGCGAUUUGUUCAGAGGAUACAACAAACUGAUACGACCCGUUCAGAACAUGACCGAAAAGUUGGACGUUAGAUUUGGUUUGGCUUUCGUUCAACUUAUUAACGUUAACGAGAAAAAUCAAAUUUUAAAAUCAAACGUCUGGCUCCGAUUGGUGUGGAAUGACUAUCAGUUACAGUGGGAUGAAGCCGACUAUGGCGGUAUAGCUGUUCUUAGGUUGCCACCAGAUAAAGUCUGGAAGCCGGACAUAGUAUUAUUCAAUAAUGCUGAUGGCAAUUACGAAGUCAGGUAUAAAUCAAACGUGUUAAUUUAUCCAAACGGAGAAGUACUUUGGGUACCACCUGCGAUAUACCAAAGUUCAUGUACAAUAGAUGUAACGUACUUUCCAUUCGAUCAACAAACUUGUAUAAUGAAAUUUGGUUCGUGGACAUUCAACGGAGAUCAAGUAUCGUUGGCUCUAUACAAUAAUAAAGAAUUCGUGGACUUAUCGGACUAUUGGAAGUCAGGUACAUGGGACAUAAUCGAAGUACCAGCCUACCUCAACAUAUAUGAAGGAAACCAUCCCACGGAAACCGAUAUAACUUUUUACAUAAUUAUUCGUAGAAAAACGUUGUUUUACACGGUAAAUUUGAUACUUCCGACAGUCCUUAUUUCCUUUUUAUGUGUUCUAGUCUUCUAUUUGCCCGCCGAAGCUGGUGAAAAGGUUACUUUAGGCAUUAGUAUUUUACUGUCACUAGUUGUGUUUCUGUUGCUCGUAUCAAAGAUCCUGCCACCGACAUCGUUAGUAUUACCGCUCAUAGCCAAAUACCUCCUUUUUACAUUUAUAAUGAACACUGUUAGUAUACUUGUUACAGUUGUGAUAAUAAAUUGGAACUUCAGAGGUCCCAGAACACACAGGAUGCCUUCGUGGAUUCGUUCAGUGUUUCUCAACUAUUUACCGGCGAUGUUGUUAAUGAAAAGGCCUCGAAAAACGAGGUUACGAUGGAUGAUGGAAAUGCCUGGCAUGGGGGUACCUCCUCACCCUUAUGGGUCUCCUGGCGACAUACCCAAACACAUAAGUUCCGUCGAAUCGCAAAGCAAAGUCGAGGUGAUGGAAUUGUCCGACUUGCAUCACCACCCAAACUGCAAAAUCAAUAGGAAACCGAAUGCAGACCUUGGUGUUGGAGUUGGUGGCGACAGUUGUAGACGUGAAAGCGAAAGUUCUGAUUCGAUAUUGUUAUCACCCGAAGCGUCUAAAGCUACAGAAGCUGUUGAAUUUAUAGCGGAACACUUACGCAACGAAGACUUGUAUAUACAGACACGCGAAGACUGGAAAUACGUCGCGAUGGUAAUCGACAGACUCCAGUUGUAUAUGUUUUUUAUUGUAACGACUGCUGGUACGGUGGGCAUCUUGAUGGACGCACCCCAUAUUUUCGAGUACGUCGACCAAGAUAAGAUAAUCGAGAUCUACCGCGGCAAAUAGAAGAGUGUGAAGCUUCCCGCAUCACUGGCUAAAUAAAUCAUGUGGCUUCCAAAAGCGAAAAGCACAUAAUGGCCUAUAGUUCGGUAACUAGUGUACUUUGAUCGGUGGCAAAAAAACCAUAAGAAAAUAUUAAUUUAAAGUUCCAUCUCAAUAAAGAAGAGCGCCAGAAAAAAGACAGCCGUAUAACCGUCGGUGCGUGUGAAAUCCGAUAAUAAUAUUUUAUUUACUAAUAAAUAUCGCCGAUUGACAAUCGAUGAACAACAUUCCGUGUGUGAACAACAGACAUUUCGUAAUGUCCACCAAUAAAUUAUUAAUAAAUUCGUACGAACGGUGAAAAUUAUUAGAAUUGGUUUAUAAUUACUUGUAGUCCAAGACCUAGCAAUACCGGUCAGAACACCUAGUCCCUCGGAAUACCGUACGUGGCAUAAAAAUUGGGUGGGUCGUUGCUAGCUCUUAGACUAAUGAAUUAGUAGUCAGCUCAAUAUGUCUGGCGGAAAUCUCUAAAUCGAAUCACGGAUAAUACUUUAUCGAGAUAAUAUUCAUCCCACAAACAUAAAAUAAAAACCAACGCUCUUUUAUUGGUAAAAACACGCAGUCUUUCAUAAAGUACGGACAUUUUGAUGGGUAUUAUUUUCGAUCAAGUUAAGUCCCAAUGAUAGUCCUAGAACUAUUUAGAAUCAUGGAACGCAAAUUCCAGAACAUCAGACAAAUAUUAACACUGUCGUAUAUUUAGAUUAGAGUAGAAUGAGUAAAUAGGCAGUGUUAUACUGUAACGCCUUGUAUAAUCGUCAUACAAGUCAUUUAGCGUUAUUAAUCCAUCAUUUAAUCGUUAUGUUAUACAUUUCAAUAUGUUGGUAAUUGUCUAUGCAAACCAUAAAUGAAAAUACAAUAUUGUUUUCCUGAGACAAUAUGAUAACAAUGCACUAGAGUUCCGCUUAUCAUUUUCGCAAUACUUUUCUAACGACCCUAUUAUUAUUUAUUACGUUUGAGUAGGAAUUCGUUAAACUGACUUCUGAAAAGGUAGGGGCCUAUUUUCACUGCGCUUCAUUUAAUUGUUUUUUGUCAAGUGACGUCAGUUAAUCGGAAACUUUACUCUAUCAUUAAUUAAUUAUAAAAUCCAAUGAUUUAAAUACGAUAUUCUUCCGCUCAGGUAUAAAAUAUUAUUGUCUCCUCCCCCCCGCCGUAAGACUAUAAACUCUUGAAAACCGUAAUGCAAAACCCUUCUUGAUAUAGAGCUCCGAUUUAUCUACUAGCAGCUCCAAUAAAAAUGAGGCAUCAAAUGGAGAGGAAAUUAUUACCAUUUAAUUUUAAAAUUACGCACCCAAAUUGAUGAAACAAUAAUGGAAAUAUCCAACUCGGAGUCAAUUUUUGAAUGAAUCAUCGAAAAUUGCAGACUUUCUUGAUUUCUUUUGAAUGUGUAAAUAUUUUUAAGCUGUACAUAAUUAAUAUUUUAAUAUAAACUAUGAACAAAGCAUUAUUAUAGAAAUUUUUUAACGUGUUUCCGAAAUAAUGGUGUUAAUAUAAUUUAUAAGUGGUGUAUGUACAGUGAUAUAAAAUUUUAUUUUAAAAACAAAUCGGUAAACAUCCCAGACUGUGUUUAAAAUUAUAGCUUUAGCGAUUUUGUCACAACAAAAUGUAAUAAGGGCAACUUAUUUUUAAUAUUACUCUGGAAUAACACGAUGACAAAAAAAUAGCGCUACGUUUGGACAUGUACACAUUUAAUAUAAACAAUGAAUUAACUAAACUCGCAACGAGUUAAUGAAUUUUGGUUGUACUAGACUUAAAUAAUUAUCCAAAACUUAAUUAUUUUGUGUCAUGUGCGUUGUCUUGCAGGGUACGUGGGUUUGCUUAAUUAACGCAAAACUUUAGUACUCGACGUCUCGUUAAUUCUCGCGUAAAAGAGAUUUGCUCAAAGGCCAGACUAGUGUAAAUCUAAUUAUGAAAAAUUAUAGGCAUAAAAUGUUAUUCGCGUUUUUGUAAGUACGUAACUCAUACAUACUUCCCUUUGGUAUUUUUGCUAGAUUUCCUAUGAAUGGCAUUAGAAUAUUUUCCUUUUUUAUCAUUACUUAUAAGGGUAGACUCCAUGCCCGCGAACUAUUCCAGCACAGAUUAUAUAAAGCACCACGGUCUUCCAGAAUUCUUGUGAUGUUUGUCGGAUCUCUAGUUUAAAAAUGCUAAAUCUCUGCCUAAACAAUGCAAUAAAUUAAAACGAUCUACGCGUGUAGUGACGUAUUUACCAAAUUCGUAAGGGUUUAUAAUUUCAAACGAACCCCGUUGUUAAAGAUAGUUACUAAUAACUAAAUAGGAAUUAGUACCGUAUAGCACUGCCUGCUGUGUUUCAGCACAUAAUCGCUUGGAACACCCCUAUUGACUACUAUUAUAAUGAAAAAAAAAUCAUUUACCUGUUACAAUGUUAAUCUAUAAGAAAAUGCAUUUACAAUAAAAAUA